AAACAACAAUAAUUAAUUUAAAAAUCAUUUAAGAAUGAAAAAUUGCUCCUUUCGAUUCAGUUUCACCAUUUCUCUCCCAAAAAUCCCAACCACUCGGUUUUCCGGCGAACUGAAGACGAAACCCUAAAAUCUAAUCUAUUUCCUAAACUCCAAAAUUCCGUCAACGGCGAAGAAGACAUCAGCGACUGAGAAAGCGACAUUGUCGAGGACGACAAAUAUUCAGUUCUUGGCUUUUAACUGCUGAAAGUGGACAUCACACUGCCUAAACUUGUCUAUGAAAUGGGAAAGAAACCAGUAAAUAGAUUCUAGUCCAUAGACAAGUACUCAGAUUACAAAUACAUCGAGCUUGUUAAUGAAAUUCUCAGGCCUGUGAAGUAUAAGAGAAUUCAGGAUUCUUUUUUUGGGUCUAGUUUUGGAGUUCUCUUCAAGAAAACUGAAUAUGGCAAGGAAGAUGAUCCACACCAUUCUGACCAAGAGCCUAAUAACCAAGAAGGACAAGGAGCUUUGGUUUCAUUCUGGAGGACAGCGUAUGAGAUUCUCAAUAAGAGAAUUCAUAAAAUGCAGUGAAUGGUUCCCCGAAGUUGAAGCAGAGGCAAACAACUAUUACUGGGGUGAAUGGGAGGAUGGGCAUACACCUGACAACUUAAUCAAGCUCAUGAUCCAAGCUAGUCCAGACGCGCAUGAUGAGAAGUUCUGUCUAGCAAUGUUGCUGCUUAUCGAGGCCAUCUUUCUUGAUAGGUAUUCAAAGGCUAUGCUCCCAACAUAAAAUUUAGAGAAAGCGCAAGACAUGUAAGUAUUGCUGAAUCAUCAUUGGGGCAUAGAUGCAUACGACCUGCUGUUAGAAUCUGUGAAGAAGAAUGUGCCUACUAAUCUAGAAAAGGCAAAGUAUACUAUAAACGGGUUCCCAUUUGCGCUUCAUCUGUAGAUCUUGGAAUCCGUAUCCAAGUUACAAUCGGUUUUCUCUACAUUGACACCACAGUCCCACCAACAGAAUUUUUGUGCGUGAAAUACCUUCACACAAUAUCUUCUUCCAUUAAAGCUGUGUUGAGCAUAGAAGGCGAAAGCAAUCUGAUUGUGACACACAUCCUUCCUAAGAUACCUGGUGACCUCGAAGUCACCGUGCUUUUGGAAGACAAUGACGAUAAAGAUCUGCAAUCGCUUGUGAAUCUGUUAAAGAAUGGCUUCAGGCUAACAUAUGAAAACUGGAAAAGAGGGAUUGUGGAUAGAGACAAUGCGUUGCAAUAUAUUGCAUCGCAGUCAUUUCGAAAGACUACGACAAACCUCUAGACCUUCUUCUUCAGACGAGUCAGUAGAGGCUAAGCUGUGCAAGCUCAUGAAGAUGUUCAUAGAUGGACAGAGAAAUAUCAAUUCUCGAUUAUCAAAGAUUAAGCUAAAGAUGGGAAUAUAUGAUCCUUCAAAUGCAAUUCAUGAGAGGAUAUCUUUGAUAGUCAGAAUAUAUUUUCCAUCACGCCACUCUUCAGUUCGGCAAGGAUGCAGAGUUUCUAAAACCCCGUCAACACAUGUGCACAGAUCACCUAGUGUAGACAUAACGGAGGAAGAACAUUCAGUUCAUACUGCUACUGCAACAGCAGAGGUUGGUGAGGAAAGUUGUGUGAAUAAGUCACCCGAAGAAACAUUGUCUGAGACACAAAGAGAAACGAGAAAUAUUUCGGCAGAGGAGAUAUAUCUUCCAAAAUUUAUUCUCUUACAUUUAUAUCGCCUGAUCAAAUAUAGUUUCCAAAUUUUUUCACUUACUUAAAUGGAAAACUUGUUUCUAGUUAAUCAGAAGAGUCGUAGACGAAUUUAGGGACCCAUAAGACGAAGCACAAACUGCUGAGAUACAUACCCCGCCUGUGGCUCCAAUGGCUACUUUCACGGAGCCAGCUAAAGAAACGGAACCAACACAGACGGAUAAGGAUGAGGAGACCUGAUGACCUGAGCAAGAUGCUUUCCAUGGAGCUCAUGGAGCUGGCUACAGACACGGAACCAACACAGAUGGAUAAGGAUGAGGAGACCCAACGACCUGAGCAACAUGCUGUACGUACCCCGCAUGUGUCUCCAAUGGCUACAUCCACGGAGGCGGCUACAGACACGGAACCUAAACCUCAUUUAACGACUAGUGCUAUUGUCAAGGUAUCCGGUCCAGAUGGCAAGUGGUUUCCCGCUAUGUUGAAAAGAAAACAUACAUGUGUAGGUUAUACUCGGUACUAUUAUGUAGAGUACUCGGCCACUAAGAAAUCUGAUAGCAUCAGCGAGAUGCUUAUCUGUCCUCCAGCGCCUCCAUUGCCUCAGGCAGAAAAUUUCAACUCCGUUCUAGAACUACGACAAGACGUUGAUGCCUUCCACACAGAGAGUAGAAUGGGUGAACGGGCAUGGGUUCCUCCUGCAGAUUUUCAGGGAGUUGAAUUUGAAGGCGCAAAGACGACUGACUUCCUCAUCACAGUUGAGAACAUUUCGGAUCCAAAAGUGAAAGGAAAGAAGGAGAAAGCGAAGAUGAAGAAGAAAGCCAAUGAUAGGGAUACCAAUCUAGCUAAGAAAAUGAGGAGUAAAAGGCUGGAGAAAAUGCAGGGAGGUGAAGUUGAAGUCGCAGAGACGUCUGGUUUACCCACGGAAGGGAAAACAAAGAAGGAGAAAACGAAAAAGAAGAGAGCUAAAGAUAGAGAUACCAAUCCGGCUAAGAAGAUAAGACGUGAAGGGCUGGAGAAAACGCUGGGAGGUGAAGUUGAAGCCGCAAAGACGUCUGCUUUACCCAGUGAGUGGAAAUCAAAGAAGGAGAAACCGAGAAAGAAGAGAGCCAAUGAUCCGGUUUUCAAGGAGGAGAACACAAGGCUCAAACUUGGCUUAUGUGAAAAUGGGUGA